UGCUCUUGAUAUUCGUAAAUAUUUUGAUUCAUAUCACAUUCAAAGAGAAUGAAGAGAAAUUGUAAACUCUGGUUCCACUUGCAGUAUAGUAUUCAAAAAUAGCUUGAGGAAAAAAGUUAUUACCAAUAUUUAUCAUCCACGCCGUUAAGCCAUACGAAAUUUGUCAUCAAAGCGAGAUAAGCCAAAAUAAAGAUCAGGUGAUAGACGAUGCAAGGAAGUCAUGACAGAGGACAAUAAAGCGAAAAAGCAAAAAAUGUUCAUUGAAGAUGAAGACGAAGGCAGUGAGUCAUUAUGGUGGUCCAUGCCGGACCCAGUGUUAAUAAAAGUAUUUGCUCUUCUGGAACCUAAAGACAUUCUAAGCGCAUCUGCCACUUGCCGCCGUUGGUAUGAGGUGGCCAAUGAUACUAUUCUUUGGAAGCAUCAAUUUCAGCAACACUUUUCCACUGAUCCCUCGAUACCCCUUAAACCAGGUGCCUCAUCUUGGAAAGAUGAAUACGCACGUUUAACAUCCCGCAUACCUUUUGUACAGACUGAACGUUUGCAAGGCCAUGCCCAUCAAGUUUUGCAUGUCAGCUUUUCUCAUAAUGGUGAAAUGUUUGCCACAUGCUCCAAGGAUGGCUAUGUUAUUAUUUGGAAUUCAGAUCAUCCCUGCACAGAGAGAUACUCGCACAAUAUGAAACAAUUUAGUUGGAAAUAUACACAGUACUCACAGUUUAAUCAAAGCGAUACUCUGCUCUUGGUCUCUGGUGUACAUUUUGGGGCUCCGCACAGCACAUCUGGCGAAAUUGUGGUAUUCACCGUUGGCGGUGAUUACUCCCAUCUACGAUGUCGUGUCCGAAAUCGUCCAUAUGAUAUAUUUGGCACAUGGUUUAGUGAUCAAUAUUUAAUAUCCGGCGAACUUCAUUGGCUGGCCCAUUUAGUAAGUACGUCCGUAUUGUGGUUAAAUAAGGCAAAUCAGGAAGUGGAUUCGGAGCAUGUACCCAUUAUGAAUCAAUUGUAUAAAUUUUACAACCGCAACGCUAGUUCGGUUAGAGCCAUUAUGAUGGCUAAAUGCCCCUGGUUAGAUGAAACAAAUGAUCCACUGGCGGAGGAACCCAGCUCGGCAGAUAACGAAGAUGUAGAUAUGAAACAAAAUUCACCUGCCAUUGAUAGUGUUGAUGGAGGCUCAGCGGGCAAUCCACUCUCGCAUAUAACAUCUGUUAGACACUCGGUUGAACAGAACAGUUCGAAUGAUGCUAUGGCUUCAACAUCACGGCAUCGUCAAACUAAAUCAACUGAUGAUAUAUCCAUAUAUUUUGCUGAUGAAUAUCGUCGUCGGUUUAAUGGGGACAAUUGCCCUCUAGACUAUGAAGAAGAAGGGGAUGAUGUGGAGGUGGAUGAUGUGGCGGAAGCCGUAGAAGAAUAUGAUGAUAUGGAAAAUUCCAUACCGAAAUAUUUAAUUUUCUCAACGGGUUCUAAAACGUAUACGCCUCAUCAGAUUGGAAUUAAACGCAUAAACCAUGUAACGUUUCCCAAAAAAUUGGAUCCGGGACCCUCACUAAAGGAAAGAGUGGCAGCACGAAAAGAAAGGAAUCAAAUGCGCGAUCCCGAUCCCGACUGGAAUAAUUAUGAAUCUGUAUCAGAUCGUUUCGAUAAAAUCGAUAAAGUAAUAGAUUUACAUGGUCACAUUAUAGGAAUGGCUUUAAGUCCCGACCACAGAUAUCUUUAUGUUAAUACCCGUCCCUGGCCCCAAGACUAUGUUAUAUCAAAUCCUUUGGAACCGCCGCCAAUAGCACAAGAAAUUGACAUACAUGUCAUCGAUUUAAUGACUUUGAAACGUGUGGGAAAUAUGCUACGUGCCCAUAAAGCAUAUACACCCAGUAACGAAUGUUUCUUUAUAUUCCUGGAUGUCUGUGAUGAUUAUGUAGCAAGCGGUGCCGAAGAUAUGCAUGCCUACUUAUGGGACCGUUACUAUGGUAUUUCAUUGGCCAAAUACAAGCAUACAGAUGUAGUAAACAGUGUGGCUUUCAAUCCAAAAGAUUCUCAAAUGCUUGUAACUACCAGCGACGACUACUCCAUUAAGAUUUGGCGAUCUCGUGCAGUGGCAAAAAAACUUAAAAUUGACAUGACAAACAACGAUGAAGCUUUCGAUUUAAAGCUAAACACGACCGCUUCCUAGACAAAAAUGUAAUUUUUACCGAUGACUACAAAUGCAAAUAAAUAUCGUUUUAUUUUAAUUUAUUUCGAAUUUCUUCUAGACUAAAUUAAAAAAAGAUUAUAAUAGUGUAGUUAUUAUUUGAUAUUAAGAAACAACUUCAUUUAGCGUUAAACGAAUAAGACACCAACAUUUUAUUAUUCAUUUAUUUCAACUCAUAUUCUUUAUUUUUUAUUAUAUGUAUGCAUAUAUUUUCAAUAAAACAUAAAUUUAAUUUUUAA